CACGGUCUUGCCUCCCACCGUAUCAACUCGCCAUCCUUCCCGCCCGCCGGUUGCGCGGUUUCCAGCAACCUAUAAAUCCCGCCGGAGCACCUUGCUCUGCCAAUCUUAGCUCAUCUCACUCACACUGCUUACUUGACUUCACUACCUAGCUCACUUCCUUCGGAUCUCGUGCCACCAAGCUCUCUUCCACGGCCACGAAGAUGUCUACGGUGACCGGUGCCCACCUAGACCAGAGGCUCGCCGCCGCCAAGCGCUGCUCCAGAGAGGCUGCCAUGGCGGGAGCCAAGGCCGCAGCCGUCGCCACCGUCGCUGCCGCAGUCCCCACACUGGCGAGCGUGAGGAUGCUGCCGUGGGCCAAGACGCACCUGAACCCCGCCGGGCAGGCGCUCAUCAUCUCCACCGUCGCCGGGAUGGCCUACUUCAUCGUCGCCGACAAGACCAUCCUCUCCAUGGCCAGGAAGCAUUCCUUCGAGGACGCGCCGGACCACCUCAAGAACACCUCCUUCCACUAAUUAGGCUAUACUUUCAAUAAUUAGUAGUAGUGCGCAAUAAACUACACGCCGGCCCGUACGGCCGUACGUGUCUGCUGAAUGAUACUAGUAUGAUGUUCAGCGAGAGAGGCGAGGCGAUGCAGAUCAGGCCUCGCGCUUCUAUCCGUGCAAGCACUUAUCUCAUGAAGUUACCAUGUAAUCCAGCUAGUAUUCUUGGAUAAAUGAAUACUAGUAUUUGUACAACUCUAGUUCAUCUGCCAUCACUCAUCUUACAUGUGGCAGAGCAUAAAAAAAGAAUCUCCGACGCCGACCCC